AGGCGAGAUGCUGACACACUUCCUGUCUUUGUGACUCAUUGUGUCUGUGUCGAGGCGUCGGGAGGGCCUAGGUCCGUGUGCAGCGCCGUUCUGCCGGCCUGAGCCCCAGAGUCAGCUCCCCUUUCUCGCCCAGCGCCCCCAGGCUGCUCCCGGGGCUCACGGAACAAUACCGAAACAUAUCAGAAAACAUCUAGAACAGAAAGGAGAGCACAGACCCUGUUUGGAUCAAGUCAGCUCCCUGAGCCUGAAUGAUGACUGCAGAAUCCAGGGAAGCCACAGGUCUGUCCCCCCAGGCUGCCCAGGAGAAGGAUGGUAUCGUAAUAGUGAAGGUAGAAGAGGAAGAUGAAGAAGACCACAUGUGGGGGCAGGAUUCCAGCCUGCAGGAGACGCCACCUCCCGACCCAGAGAUUUUCCGCCAACGUUUCAGGCACUUCUGUUACCAGAACACUUUUGGGCCUCGAGAGGCUCUGAGUCGACUGAAGGAACUUUGUCACCAGUGGCUCCGACCAGAGAUAAACACUAAGGAGCAGAUCCUGGAGCUGCUGGUACUGGAGCAGUUCCUCUCCAUCCUGCCCAAGGAGCUCCAAGUCUGGCUGCAGGAAUACCGUCCUGAUAGUGGGGAGGAGGCCGUGACCCUUCUGGAAGAUUUAGAGCUUGAUUUGUCAGGACAGCAGGUCCCAGGUCAAGUUCAUGGGCCUGAGAUGCUUGCCAGGGGGAUGGUGCCUCUGGAUCCAAUGCAGGAGUCCUCAAGCUUUGACCUUCAUCAUGAGGCCACCCAGUCCCAUUUCAAGCAUUCAUCUCGGAAGCCUCGCCUCUUGCAGUCACGGGCUCUCCCUGCCACCCACGUUCCUGCCCCUCAUCACGAGGGGAGUCCCAGAGACCAGGCGAUGGCAUCUGCACUAUUCACAGCAGAUUCCCAGGCAAUGGUGAAGAUCGAGGACAUGGCCGUGUCCCUCAUCCUGGAGGAAUGGGGAUGUCAGAACCUGGCUCGGAGGAAUCUCAAUAGGGACAACAGGCAGGAGAAUUAUGGGAACGUGUUUUCCCAGGGUUGUGAAAACAGGAAUGAGAAUGAGGAGUCAGCCUCAAAGGCUGAAAACGCAGAAGACUCAGCAUCACGUGGGGAGACAACAGGAAGAUUCCAGAAAGAUUUUGCAGAGAAACGUGAACAGCAGGGCAGAAUAGUAGAAAGGCAGCAAAGAAACCCUGAGGAAAAAACCGGAAGAGAAAAAAGAGAUUCGGGGCCAGCUACAGUCAAGGAAAAAAAACCCACCACGGGAGAGAGAGGUCCAAGGGAGAAGGGUAAAGGGUUGGGAAGAAGCUUUAGUCUGAGUUCAAACUUUAACACCCCCGAAGAGGUGCCGACGGGAACGAAGUCCCACAGAUGUGAUGAAUGUGGAAAAUGCUUCACGAGGAGUUCAAGCCUUAUUCGCCAUAAAAUAAUCCACACUGGAGAAAAGCCCUAUGAAUGUAGUGAGUGUGGGAAAGCCUUCAGUCUUAACUCAAACCUUGUCCUGCAUCAGAGAAUCCACACCGGAGAGAAGCCUCAUGAAUGUAACGAGUGUGGCAAAGCCUUCAGUCACAGUUCAAAUCUCAUUCUCCAUCAGCGGAUCCACUCUGGAGAGAAACCUUAUGAAUGUAAUGAGUGUGGGAAGGCCUUCAGCCAGAGCUCAGACCUUACUAAACAUCAGCGGAUCCACACGGGGGAGAAACCCUAUGAAUGUAGUGAGUGCGGAAAAGCUUUCAACCGAAACUCAUACCUUAUCUUGCACCGGAGAAUUCACACACGAGAAAAGCCGUACAAAUGCACCAAGUGCGGCAAGGCCUUCACCCGGAGCUCGACCCUCACUCUGCACCACAGAAUCCACACGAGAGAGCGAGCCCCCGAGUACAGCCCCGCCUCCCUAGAUGCCUUUGGAGCAUUCCUGAAAAGCUGUGUGCGUGUAGCCCUAAAGAUCCAGAAACCCAAAGGAACCACUAUUCCUGCUCCACAUAGUCCCAUCCGUAGUGAGGCUGUUUCUGGAAUCUGUGUGAUGACCAAGGUUUUAGGCAUGGCUGCAGUUCGGGUUCCUCGGCCUCCACGGGAGAGGGGGCCUGUGGUGGUUAAAGAUGAGGAAGAGGAAGGGAAGUGCCUUCCUAGCCUGGAGGUGUUCCGCCAGCGCUUCCGGCAGUUUGGGUACCAUGACACACCUGGCCCCCGGGAGGCCCUGAGCCAGCUCCGGGUGCUCUGCUGUGAGUGGCUGAGGCCCGAGAUCCACACCAAGGAGCAGAUCCUGGAGCUGCUGGUGCUGGAGCAGUUCCUGAGCAUCCUGCCCCAGGAGCUCCAGGCCUGGGUGCAGGAGCACUGCCCGGAGAGCGCUGAAGAGGCCGUCACUCUCCUAGAAGAUCUGGAGCGAGAACUGGACGAGCCAGGGCAGCAGGCCUCACCGCCUCCAAAUGAGCAGAAACAGAUGUGGGAGAAGAGGUCCUCUUCAGGAACGGCAAAGUUUCCAAGCAGUGUGCAGCCCCAGUCUGUGGAGACCAGUCACAGAUGCGAAGCUUGGGAGCCCUUGUACAUUCAGGAGACUGGGGAAGAGCAGGAUUUCACUCCAGAGCUGAAACAGAGUCAAGAUCAUAAAUCAAACACCCAGAAUGAGGAAUCAACAGAGAAGCAGAAAAGUUCUGAAGAAUCUCAAGAAUUCAAAAGGGAUAUUAUUCCUGUGAUUAUUACCAGUAAAUGUGAGUCCAGGUUAGAAAGGCAGUGGGUAAACCUUGAAAAGGAAAGAGGAACAAAAACUCCUCUCCUAGACAAAGGUUCUAAGAAAGGCAGAGAAUUGAUUCCCGCUAAACCUACCCCAGGAGAGAGGCGUUACAUUUGUGCCGAGUGUGGAAAGGCCUUUAGUAAUAGCUCAAAUCUUACUAAACACCGGAGAACACACACUGGGGAGAAACCGUAUGUGUGCACCAAAUGUGGGAAAGCUUUCAGCCACAGUUCAAACCUCACCCUUCAUUACAGAACACACUUGGUGGACCGGCCCUAUGACUGUAAGUGUGGGAAAGCCUUUGGUCAGAGCUCAGACCUCCUUAAACAUCAGCGAAUGCACACUGAAGAGGCACCAUAUCAGUGUAAAGAUUGUGGGAAAGCUUUCAGUGGUAAAGGCAGCCUCAUUCGACACUACCGGAUACACACUGGGGAGAAACCUUACCAGUGUAACGAGUGCGGGAAGAGCUUUAGUCAGCACGCGGGUCUUAGUUCACACCAGAGACUCCACACUGGAGAGAAGCCAUAUAAAUGUAAGGAGUGUGGGAAGGCCUUCAACCACAGCUCAAAUUUUAAUAAACAUCAUAGAAUCCAUACUGGGGAGAAGCCCUAUUGGUGUAAUCAUUGUGGAAAAACCUUCUGUAGUAAGUCCAAUCUUUCCAAACAUCAGAGGGUCCACACUGGAGAGGGAGAAGUGCUUUACGGGUCGGCUCGGGACCCUAGUCGCUGGGGCAAGGUGCGCUCUCCCCUGCCUUCGGCAGCUCGUGGGGGACCCCGGCCGCCCCCACCGCCUGCUCGGGGUCAGCAGCACCCGAGCACGCUCUCAGAGGCCGAGACCAGAGACCCAGAGCUUCUGGCCCUACCGAUGGAAACUCAGGCUGAUUGCGUAUCUCAGGAACCUCAGCCCCUGCUUGAGAGUGCUCUUCCUUCCUCAAAAGUUCCUGCGUAUUCUGACAAGGACAGCCUGGGGGAUGAGAUGUUGGCAGCUGCACUGCUAAAGGCCAAGUCCCAGGAGCUGGUGACAUUUGAGGAUGUAGCUGUGUACUUCAUCCGAAAGGAGUGGAAGCGUUUGGAGCCUGCUCAGAGGGACCUCUAUAGGGAUGUGAUGCUGGAGAAUUAUGGAAAUGUGUUCUCGCUGGAUGGUGAGACCAGAACUGAGCACGAUCAAGAAAUUUCUGAAGAUACAGGAUCACGUGGGGUGCUGUUGGGAAGAUUCCAAAAGGAUAUUUCUCAGGGUCUUAAGUUUGAAGAAGCCUAUGAACAAAAAGUCAGUCUAAAGAGGCAAAUGGGGAACUCCUCUGGAGAAAGAUUGAAUAGGAAGAUAGAAGAUUUUGGUCAAGUGACAGUUGAGGAAAAGCUAAGCCCUGCAGGAGAGAGAAGUGAGAAAUAUAAUGAUUUUGGGAACAGCUUCACUGUGAGUCCUAACCUCAUUUCGCAUCCGAGACUUCCUAUGGGAGACAGACCCCAUAAGUGUGAUGAAUGUAGCAAGAGCUUUAAUAGAACUUCAGACCUUAUUCAACAUCAGAGAAUCCACACGGGGGAGAAACCCUACGAAUGUAGUGAGUGUGGGAAGGCCUUCAGCCAGAGCUCACACCUUAUUCAGCAUCAGAGAAUCCACACCGGAGAGAAACCUUACGAAUGUAAUGAUUGUGGGAAGACCUUUAGUUGCAGCUCUGCCCUCAUUCUGCAUCGGAGGAUCCAUACCGGGGAGAAGCCCUAUGAAUGUAACGAAUGUGGGAAAACCUUUAGCUGGAGCUCUACCCUCACUCAUCAUCAGAGAAUCCACACUGGAGAGAAACCGUAUGCUUGCAAUGAAUGCGGGAAGGCUUUUAGUAGGAGCUCCACCCUCAUCCAUCACCAGAGAAUCCACACUGGAGAGAAGCCCUAUGAAUGUAACGAGUGUGGGAAGGCCUUCAGCCAGAGCUCACACCUCUAUCAGCACCAGAGAAUCCACACUGGAGAGAAGCCCUAUGAAUGUAUGGAAUGCGGAGGAAAGUUUACCUAUAGUUCAGGCCUUAUUCAGCAUCAAAGAAUCCACACAGGGGAGAAUCCCUAUGAAUGUAGUGAGUGUGGGAAAGCCUUUAGGUAUAGCUCAGCCCUUGUUCGCCAUCAGAGAAUUCACACUGGAGAGAAGCCUUUGAAUGUGAUGGGAAUGAGCAAAAGUUCUCUCAGAGUUACUGCUGAAUUAAAUAUCCGAGAGUCUACAUGAAAGACAGCCACACACCUGUUUUCCUCACUUCCUCUGAGUCUAAAGAGCUCCUGCCUUACUAUAUGAGUAUGAAUAACUUAGAAUGUAUCCCUUCCGACUCAACCCUUUCACUUUAGAGAAUGGGGCAAAUUGGGCAAAUCCUCCUGGCACAGUGAUGAAGCUACCUAGUCUGUUUCCCCAAGAAUGACACCAGGUGGCGAGCGGCAGGUUAAGUGCUGCGAAUGAGAGGGAGGCUCUGGGACUUAUCACCUUCCAUUCUGGAAGGGAGUUUGCACUAGACCAUUUCUUUCACACCAGAGGAGCCUUUCUUUCCAAGGUGGGGAAUGGAAGCACAGUAGGAAUAAAAUUCCAAGGAUUCCUGUAGUCGGGAGUCAGUAUAGUCAGCACAGAAGGCAGUGGAAAGAAUGUUCUGAGUCCUAUUUGAUAAGGGGAAAUGGAGGCUGUAUUUCAAAGCCACUGUUCCUAAUCCAGCUUUAAGUUUUGAUAAGGAAUGUGCUAUUUUUUUUUGUUGUCUCAUGACUUCAUUAAUUAUGGAAAAACUUGGUGCUGAGGGAUGUGUUAUUUUAUUGGGGGGGGGAACCCCAAGAGGUUUUCUGUGGUAACUAUUUUGCAGGGCUCUUGGAGCAGCAAGCCCAGGUUUCCAAGAGCAGCAAGGCAGGCAGUUUUGUUGGAGAACUCCUUGUACUUCCCUCCUGUGAUAGAUAUGGUUGCGAAAUCCAUCCGAAUACCAGUAAGUCUAACGGAGAGGAGCAGAAGCGUUUGGCAUUGGCCUGGUUUCCUUCCUGCUCUCUCCCUGUUCCUCUCCCCACUCCUGUGUUGCAAAGCAAUUUAAUCCAAACCCCCAGUUACUAGGAAUGCUUUUAUGGAGCUCACUCAGCCAGCUUGCCCUGCCCUCUGUCCCCUGUGACCUAUGACACCUGGCCCCAGUAGCCGGAUCCCUCCUGACCCCACUUCUGACUUCAGCAGCCAAGUAUGAAUGCAAAGAAAAAGCAAAGCCCAGAGAAGGGAGUCUCUGGCCUGACUGGGCCGCGUUGCUGGGUUAGGAUGGAGCUCCCGAGUUUCCCAGCUGAAGGGAUGAUCUUUGGUUCUGUCUUCCCAAUCCUGCUCAUCCUGUAGCAUAAAUGAAGUGCACUAUUAAACAGAAUAGUUUCUUAGAAGGAGAGAUUGAGUGUGUUUUUGUGCAGGAGCACAAAUUUAUUUCAGUUAAAAUAGGAAACAGUGACUAUAACUGGAAUCUUUAAAGAUGAAUCUUUAAAAUUUUUUACAGAUGACUAUUUUUCUUUCAGUCACAAACACAUGACCUCUUUCUCUCAAGACUCCAGGUACUGCCACAGACUCCCAUUUACACAGCUGCUCCCAUCUCAUACCCACACGUCGGAUUUUGUGUGCCGUGUGCUCUUAAGACCAGCAACCAAAACUAGAAAGGUGUUACCGGGUGUGGGGCCCCUGACAAGUGUGUACAUUGUUGGGUAGCAAUGGGCAUGUGUAGACUUCUUCUUUGGGCGCUUGGUGGGAGGGUGUUCCAGUCACGAGAAGGAAGGUUGAAAUGAAAGUCUUAUGCAAAAGAUGAGGAAGUGUCUGGAACUGGCCUCUAAAAAACUUGGGAGCAUAUAUUGUGAUCACCUAAUAUAUUUUUAAUUUCUUAAAGCUAUAAUGAAACUCA